UGCCAUAAAAGUGUACAAACUUCACUGUCGCACUUUAAACCCUCCCUCAGAUAAGAGUCACUGUGAAAUCACAGCAGUGUCUACAUUAGUCCUGUAAGCACCUGUUUAUUAAGGGUUGGAUCUGACACAAAAAUGAAUGACUCCUUUUCAGCUUUUCAGAUUUUCAUACCUACCUUUAUCUGUUUUACUUUGAUAAUGUGCUGCGCUGGCUUUUGUAAGGUCUUCCUACGGGCCCGUAAGGAGCAUCUUCAGCGGCUGGCAGCUCAAGUUCGGGAACAAACACCUGUCUAUGUCAUUCCCAUCUCUGUGUCCGAGGAUGAUUUGCACAGACCCCCGCUUUACAGCACAGUGCAGUUCUAUGACCCACCUCCUGCUUACAAUGAGGUAAAACCUGAGGCCUUUCUGCAGGAACCCCCACCUACAUACAGCGAGACUUUCUCUUCUUCACUACCACAUUCAUAAAACAAAAUGCUUUUACAAGCACUUGGACUGGUAGAGAGAACAGAGAAUAUAUUAGGGAAUGUGAGGAAACCUUGCAUCUUCAUGAUUUUUAAAAGUCACUCAUGCUGCUGCUACUUACCCUACCAAUGCAAAGUUUUAAAUCAUAAGAGAGGGACUUUUAUAUUGGAUAAUAAACUGUGAUUCUGCUGAGAUUUUAAGUCCAUAUGAAUUUUUAAAGGAGCUUAUUUAUAGAUUGGGCAGCUUUACAGUUUAAAAGUAUAUGUGUUGUAGUUUGUAAAUAUUUGUAAAUAUGUACAUGCUGUACCUUGUUGCUACAUUUAUAAGUGAGGUGAUGUUUUUUUGUAAACGUUAAAUGAUAAGUGGUUGACUGUAUGUGUCCAUCAGAUUUCUUUAUAAAAAAUGGGUCCACACACACUGAAAUAAAUUUUUUAAAUAAAAAAAAUUCCUUAAAGAG